GCCGGGAAGAGAGAGCAAGAGAAAGAGAGGAGAGAGAAAGAAGGGAGAGGAAGUUCAUUCGUCCACAUCCGGAGAACGAGCAGAGAGGAUGGAAAGGCCACUUCCGGCGAGGCUGAACAAGGAGAGUGAGAAGCCGAAUCCGCCAAGAGGGUGGCCUUUCGUCCUAUGGCUGGGAAGUGGGGAGAGGCGCGUCAAACCGGUUCUCUUGAUGAGGGACGAAAGGCAAAAAGAGCUAACACUUUAAGCUGGGCUGCGUUCCAUGGGGCUUACUUUUAAGUUUGGGGUGCAAGGCUGCAGUCCUUAUUCACGCUUAUUUAGGAGUAGCCCCAUUGAAUCCAUUUUUGUGUGUGUGCCCUGAAAAAGGAGGCACUCAAGGUGGCUAAGAAUAAUACAAAAGAAGCGGUACAAUAACAGCAGAAUCCUCUCACACGAUUAUUAAUACAGAAGCUGGAUUAUCUUUCUAAAUUUUCUAUGCAAAAAAGACAGAACAAAUAGUUUGCACAAAGCAACCAAAAAGAACCAACCUACAGUUUUGGAAAGCUGUGCUAUAACAUGAACAACAAAUUAUGCAUUUCCUAGGAUAUAUUGUAUUUAGGAAAAUACCGAAGUUCCCCACUGAUCCCUAAAUACAUAUUUUGAGCGUUCUUUACUUUAUUAAUGAUAGCAGUUAACUUAGUCAUAAUCAAGACAUACCACACCAAACUUCAGCUGAUGGUUUAUUUUUAAGAAUGUUUCCGGUUUGGUGCCACCACAGUGUUCUUUCUUGUGCCCAUCAAGUGGGACUACUGGAUAAAUAUACAGAUUGGGAAACCCUGAAACUGGAAAAUUAAUAUUUGAAGUUUGAAGUGUGUAUUUCCCCCCCAAAGGAUUCUCACCAAAAUCCAUGUCGUUGCAAGGGAAGUGUUCAGUUUCAGUUAAUAUAUCUGGACAAUGUUUGGAAAACCAAAAAUAAUUUGAUGUACCUUCUAUACAAAACCCCAACGUUUGUUUUCUUUUAGUUACCCUUUACUCUGAAGGAGAUAAAUUGGUUUCACCAGGUGCAUAACAAUAGAAGAAUAUAUGAUGCUGGAUCAGACUAAAGUCUACUAAGUUGAGCAUUUUGUUUUCAUGACCUGUCAGAUUCCUCUGAGAAGCUCAUAGGCAAUGAUGCCCAUCCCAGCAUAGAGAUUCUAUUUCAUUAUCAUCAUGGUUAAUAGCUGCUGAUAGAGCUCUCCUCCAUCAAUUUGUCAAUCCUUUUUUAAAGGCAUCUAAACCAGUGGCAAUCUACUACAUCUUGUGGCAGUGAGUUCCAUAAGUUAAUUAUUUGCAAAGAAGAUACAGAAUUACUCUAUAGUGAUGCUACGGCAGAAAGCAGAGUUAAGGAUUGUAAUAUGCAUGACCAGGUAGUAGAGUAAAUCCAACACAUCUGGAAUUUAAUAAGAGCAAUCUAGCCUGCUUUCUAACAAAGGCCACUGUGGCUGGGGAUGAUGGGCAUUGUAGUCCAACAACAUCUAACCAGACCCAAGUUUGAGAACCCCUGCAAACAUUCUUUAAAUACUGCCCUGAAUCAAGGAAUGGAUUUCUAACAAACAUAACACAACUGACUUCUUUCACACAGUCCCUGGUGCUUCAUUCAACUUUUUUGCCAGGUGCAGCGUGUGCUGCAACUGUUUAAAACGUGCUCUUUAUGUAGAACGCCAGAUGACUGCUUGGCAAGAGCAGAACAGAGCACCACUGCAGAUGGAACUCUAGAUGGAGCUGUGGGUAUCCUCCUCCUUUUUGCUUCUCUUCUGCCAGCUAUGGUGCCUUGUCGAUUCUCAGUUCCUCUGCUAGUUGAAGCUGGAAGCAGUUCGGUAGAGUGAAAGCAAAGAAAGAAGUGCCUUGGGAAGCAGGGGGAGAGCAACUAGCCCUAUCCAGCCCCAGCACAGCAUUCCUCCAGUGGCUGUUCCUGGUGUCUACAUUAACAAUUUUUUUUAAAAAAAAAAUUGUGAGCCCUUUUGGGGCAGCUUUCUGAACUCAUCCUCUUCCACUGCCCACCUGAAGAUGGGGAAGAGCUGCAAAGUGGUUGUAUGUGGGCAAGCAUCAGUUGGGAAGACCUCCAUCCUGGAACAACUCCUCUAUGGAAAUCACGUGGUGGGUUCAGAGAUGAUUGAAACCCAGGAGGACAUCUAUGUGGGUUCAAUCGAAACUGACCGGGGGGUGAGAGAACAGGUGCGCUUCUAUGACACCCGAGGCUUGCGGGAUGGGCUAGAGCUGCCCAAGCAUUGCUUCUCCUGCACGGAUGGAUAUGUGCUGGUAUACAGUAUUGACAGCAAGGAGUCCUUCAAGAGGGCUGAGAUGCUCAAGAAGGAGAUAGACAAGAGCAAAGAUAAGAAGGAGGUCACCAUUGUGGUCUUGGGCAACAAGUGUGACUUGCAGGAGCAUCGGCGUGUGGACCAUGAUGUAGUGCAGCAUUGGGCAAAGGCAGAGAAGGUGAAGUUGUGGGAGGUCUCUGUCGCUGACCGCCGGACCCUCAUCGAGCCAUUUGUUUACCUGGCCAGCAAGAUGACGCAGCCACAGAGCAAGUCCGCCUUCCCGCUGAGCCGCAAAAACAAAAGCAGUGGUUCUGUGGAUGGGUGAAACAUCAGGCACUGUGCCCAACAUCUGUUGUAAAGAUGCAUGCGUGGAGGGGCUGGCCUUAGCAUGAAGCAAAAUGAACCCGAAGCUUCCAGCAACAGAUUCCAGAAGAGGCACCAUUUUACUCCACGCUCCAUCUCUCUAUUUCCACACACCCCCUCCCACGAAGAGAAAGCUCCAAGUCCAGAGCACUGGAUGUCAUUUUUGUCUUGAAAUGAAACAAGUCUCAAGUAGGCAAUACAUGGACAAGUAAAGUUCCAGUGGCUGGCUGGCUUUGUAAUUAACGUGGCAUCUGGGUUAUAUUUAUGGUUGAAUUUCUGACCUCUUCAUCUUCUUUUUUAGUCACUCUAGAAUUAUCCUUUCCCCAGCAGCCUAUGCUUCAGACUUGGAAAUAUGUGCCAGGGUUAUCAAAUUCUGCUCUUGAUUUGGGGACAGGACAAUAGACCUCAUUCACUAAGGAACACUGCACUUCCUUCCUUGGUAGUCCCCUAUGGAUGGCACAGAUGGCCAAAUUAAGCCAUAUUCCAAGCAUAUUUUCAGAUGGAGGGUUUUUUGGUUUUGUUUUUUUUUCCCCUGCAGGAAUUUAAGUGGACUUGCACAAGAACGGCUUCUGUGGGAAUUAUUCUUGGGCAUCCACACCUAGCAGUGAACACCAAGUUCAGCCAGCUAUUUUCUGCCCACAACAGGGUGGACAUUGCAGACCAUUCCACUUUCACCGCCCCCCCCCAAGGUGCUUACAUGCACAUGCACAGAAAGCAACAAUUUUACUUUUUUAUUUAAAUUUUGUUAUUGCUCAGUAGUACAGUUCUGGCUUACUGAAUGUUUGUAGCAUUUUCUCCUGACAUACAUAUUUCUCUUGAAACUCCUGGGGAGCAUGGAUUGAAAGAAAUCAAGUGUUAGCUCAUUCUCUGGAUUGCUUGCUGCUGUCUUAAUAAAUUAUUUCCUGAAAACCUU